AUGGAAAAUUAUGAAGAGACGAUAGUUGAUCUUAAUUAAACUUAUAGAAAAGUUAUUGUGAUUCCUGAAGGAAUUCUCGUAACUGUUACGCUGCCUUUGCCUGCUUGCCAGUACGAGUUAACAAGAUUGCUGAGGCCUGCACCCGCUACCCAGUAGUUGGAUAAGUCGACUCUCUGCCAAAUGGAAAUCCGAAGCCCAGGUAUAUCUCUUGUUUAACUCUGCAAAAAUAGCGAAUGGUCAGAAAACAUACCGCUGACUCUGCUGGAUAUCUCUUUCCAGCUCUCGGCUCUAUCCCUCUAAAGCAAAAAAAACUUGAUCUGGAGUAAAGCAUGCAGUCUGGUAGCCUGACAUAAUGCUUCAACAAGCCUAGUAAGCCGGCCGGGCUACAAUUCUAACACCAUCAUCGCUUCUCCGAGGUCCCUACCCUACCAAUAUUGGAUCAGCUGCAGGAGCUAAGAUGGUGUUUGCUCUCCACGCCAUUUUAAUAUAUGAAAAGACUAUAGUGAUUUGUGAUUUAUGGUGAUCACUAUUUAGUGGAUUUUCAAUGCUAGAAAGCCAAUUACUUAGCCACGGCUGCAGCCGGCCCCAAAAUUACCAAUGUGACUUUUGCCAUCAGAUGCUCUCUGCAGAGUCUACAAUAAAUCAUCAAAAUGAAUGCCCAGCGUUAAAUCAAAUUUUAAACAGAAGAGAAGACAAUGAGCAAUGCAGCAUAUGCAGACGCCAAAUAUCCAGCACAGAGCUCCAAGACCAUUUAUAUGCACAUAGCCUUGAAAGAGGAGAAAUCCAGGGAUCUGGAAACCAAGGAUAUAAAGACAUUAUGCUUCCAAUUGAUGAAAUAGCGUAAGGAAAAUACAGUAAUAAUGCAAGCCAGGAGGACAGCCAGCAUCCGGUAAUCAAUCUAUUUGGGGCAAUAAAAGACAGGAUACGCCAAGGCGUUGGGAUUAUUAAUAACUUGCCAAUAAGAAUUGUUGAUAGCGAAGCACCUGUACAAAGGCCGAAUUUAGAGCUGAGAAGAAAUGACCCAAUAUUGAAUGUACAGCCAAGAAAUCAGCCACGCCAGCAUCCUUUAAUAGCCCCACUUGAGCAGCCUCCAGGGCGUGUUAAUCUUCCUUAUCAUAGAAUUGGCUUACAGCGUCCAUCUAGUGGCCCAGGAGCUAGGCCAAGGCAAAUUCCAGUAAACAAUCAAGGAGCAAAUUUAGUAAACAAUCAAAGAGAAAGUUUGCCAGUUUCACAGUUCAAAGGCUCAGGCGAGAGCACAUCAUGUACAAUCUGUAUGGAAGAUUUUCAGAUAGGUGUUGGCAUAAAAAGUCUCCCUUGUUUUCACCAAUAUCAUACUGAAUGCAUAGAUUUGUGGCUGGAGCGUCACAAUAAUUGCCCGAUUUGCAAAGCAAAUGUAUUUUCAGAUAAUUAG